CAACAGCAACAGCAACAGCAGCAGAUUUCACAGUUGCAGCAACAGAUUUCACAGUUGCAGCAAAUGAUUUUACAGUUGCAGCAACAACAACUGCAGCAACAACAAACGGUCGGGACAGGAAUGGGUCAAGCUUAUGUUCAAGGUCCGAACCAGUCACAGUUAGUAUCUCAGGGACAAGUGUCAUCACAAGGGCCACAAAACAUGUCUGGAGGAGGGUCUAUGAGUUAAAUAACUAAUUUCAGAAGAUGAGCAUUCGUGUUAUGCUUGAAUCAAUCACCAAUAUAAUUAUGCUUUUAAGCUUGUUCUUUUAAGUUGGUUGGAUCUCUAUCAUAGUGAUAGCUAAGGCACAUCAAAUAAAGAUUUUUAAGACCCAUACAUGAGUGCUUGCAUUAUCCUUUGGAAGUUUGAGAUUUGCUUGUGUUUUAUAUACUACGAUGUUUGUAAAGCUAUUGGGAGAAAUUUAACAUUCAAUAUCAAAUGUUAUUUUUGUGAGUUCCAUUUA